ACCUACAAUACUAUAGAAUAGUAUUCAACUUGUAGCAGUAAAGUUGAAUAAUUAUAUGUAUAUGCAUGCAUGUAUUCUCCUAUAUAUAUGUAUAAGUUUGAUGAAGAGAAAUAAAAGUAAGAAAAGAGCAGAAAAGAAUACAAGUAUCAUAUUCAUAUCUGUCUAAAUUUAUAACACGUUAUCAGCACGAUCACUCUAUCUCAUCAUACUCAUAUAGUUGCUACCAUGUCAAAUCUUGUGAAGAAUGAAUUUGCUGCACUUGAUAUCAUGGGAAAAAAUUAUAUGUCUUGGAUUAUUGAUGUUGAAAUGCAUCUAGAAUCAAUGGGCCUUACUGAUACCAUUAAGGAGAUAAAUAAUGCAACAUCCCAAGAAAAGGCAAAGACAAUGAUUUUUCUCCGUCGACAUCUUGAUGAAAGUUUAAGAUAUGAAUAUCUUACUAUAAAAGAUCCAAGUGCAUUAUGGAAAGAUCUUAAAGAAAGAUACGACCAUCAAAAGGAUGUUGUUCUUCCAGCCACACGUGAUGAAUGGAAUGGUCUACGUUUCUAAGAUUUUAGAAAGGUCAAUGAUUAUAAUUCAACAAUGUUCAGAAUCGUUUCUCAACUAAAAUUCUGUGGGCAGAAAAUCACAGAAGAGGAAAUGUUGGAAAAAAACGUAUUCUACAUUCCAUGCAUCAAAUUUAACAUUGCAACAACAAUAUAGGAUGCGUAAUUUUAAGAAAUAUUCGGAACUUAUUACAUGUCUCCUUGUAGCAGAGAAAAAUAAUGAACUGUUAAUGAAGAAUCAUCAAUCACGACCUACUGGUUCAAUGGCACUUCCAGAAGUAAAUGCCACAAACUAUAAUAAUUAUGGACGAGGUCGUGGUCGUGGCCAAAGCCAAGGAAGAGGUUGUGGUCGUAACCAAGGACGUGGACGAAAUGGUCAUAAUUCCUCAGAAAGAAAUUCUGACCACCAAAGGAAGAGACAACAUGCAGAUGAGAAUGUUCAUGGUAACUAUCCUCAAAAUCCUGAAGAUUCAUGUUAUAGAUGUGGUACAAAAGGGCAUUGGUCUCGUACAUGUCAUACGACGAAACACCUUUGUGAUUUGUAUCAAAUUUCUGUAAAAGAAAAGGAGAAGGAAGUGAACUUAAUUGAACAAUAUGAUCCUGUGAAUGAUUCAACUCAUCUAGAUGCUCAAUGAUAAUAAUGAGUCUCAUGGCUGUGAUGCCAGAGAAAAUUAAGUAUAAUCUAGCAUUAACAACUAUAUUUGAUAUAUUAUGCCUUUAUCUUCAGUUUAUUUCAUUACUUGUGAUGUUUCAUGUAUUAUGUAUUCCUAUUAAUGUUUUGUC